UCGAGUCUGGAGUCAACCGGGUAACACCUUCCCUGUUUUAACAUCCAGCGACCCUCAUUUCUCGCUCAGAGCUCGCUCUCUCCGCUCUCUCUCUCUCUCUCUCUCUGGCUGAACGGAAAGGAGGAAGGGGGAAGGAGAAGAUGAGCAGAGGGUGGGGAGCGGCUCAGCUCUGUGGAUGAGGACCCGAUGAUGCACAGAGACGACAGCGCCCGAAGGCCCUCCGGCAAGGAUCUCGUCAACCUCUCCAGGGUGAUCCCCGAGAUCUCUGGCGACAGGGAUGGUUUCGCCGGCGAAGAUGCCUCCGAGUGCGGCAUCGACCUGGGGCUCGGUAGGGGCCAGCUCUGCCGGGACGAUCUCAAGAUCGAACAGCGCUGGCUCAUCGAUCCGAACCAGCUCCUCCUCGGCCCGAAGAUCGGAGAGGGCGGCCACGCCAAGGUUUACGAGGGCCUGUAUAAGUCGGCUAGCGUGGCAGUAAAGAUCGUACACCCUGGCGGGACGGCGGUGGAAUCCGCGAGGCGGAGGGAGAGAUUUCUGCGGGAGAUUGAGAUGCUUUCACGGGUUCAGCAUGAAAACUUGGUCACGUUCAUUGGCGCUUGCAACGAGGCGAACAUGGUUAUUGUAACAGAGCUCUUACUUGGGGGUUCACUUCGAAAAUACUUGAGAUCUUUACGGCCUGGGUGCUUGCAGUUACGCCUUGCAAUCAGUUUUGCGUUGGAUAUUGCACGUGCAAUGGAAUGCUUGCAUGCUAAUGGGAUUAUCCACCGUGACCUGAAGCCUGAUAACCUACUCCUGACACAGGACCACAAAAAGGUCAAGUUGGCUGAUUUUGGAUUGGCAAGGGAAGAGACAUUGACUGAGAUGAUGACUGCCGAAACUGGCACGUACAGAUGGAUGGCCCCUGAGCUUUAUAGCACUGUUACACUCCGUCGAGGGGAUAAGAAGCAUUAUGAUCAUAAAGUUGAUGUGUAUAGUUUCGCUAUAGUUUUAUGGGAAUUGUUAACCAACCGGUCACCAUUUGAGGGUAUGUCCAACCUCCAGGCCGCUUAUGCUGCAGCUUUCAAGAAAGUGAGGCCUGAUGUGGAGAACCUCCCAAAAGAGCUUGUUGCCAUGUUGGAGUGCUGCUGGGCAGAGGACCCAAAUAGUCGGCCAGAGUUUCAGCAAAUCAUUCAGAUGCUCUGUAACUUUCGUGCAUCUAUUUGUCCUUCUGAAACCACGCCUCCACCUAUAAUGCAGGUUGGACAGAGCAGUUAUAUGGCAACUGAUUCUCCUGGCACACGGCGUCUGAUGGACAAAUCACAAGAGAACGACAGCAUUGAUAUCAAGCCAGAUAGGUCCUCUCGCUUUUUUGGGUGCUUCAACGAGUGCUUUUCGUCAUAGUGCUGCAGUGAAGAAUUUGAAGGCUUCAAGUUGCAAGCCUUUCCGGCGGUCAAUUUUGCUUCACUGAACUGCCAAACAUAUGCAGCCUUGACGAUUGGGGCGGUUAGUGGUAUGCAGCUGUACAAGAUCCGAAUCAGUCGGUUGCCAUCGUUGGAAUACGACCGUUGUACAGGGGAUCAGGAAUGCAGCCUAGAGGUGAUUCUUUUUACCUCGGAAGAAGGUUUGUCGAGGGAUGCGAAGUCCAGUCGCUGUUUCUGUUGAAGCUUUAUCUGUUAAGCCUUCAUGAUUUGCUUUUCCACAGAUGUAAUGACUAGACUUUGUCAUAUAUAAAGAAGAGAGAAGAUUGAAGGUACAUUAACCCUAA